UGGUAUGCUCAGCCGCCAUUUUUGAAAACCGUCGAAAAUAUUACUUUGUUGUUGAAGUUUUUCGGAGCAAAUUUACAAUUUGUAACCCCUUACUAAAGAAUACUGAUAGUUUGAAAUUUUCACUGGGAAAAGAACCAAUUAACUAUAAACUUAUGAUGAAGCAAGCGGGCAGUGACCCGUUUGAAGAAGAACCUUUGCCAAGGACGUUCUACCAUCCGUCACAAGCUAAAGAACUUUCAAAACGAGAGAGAGGGGUUUGCUUGGUAGCUAAUGAGGGCUUAAAAAAUCCCAUGGAAAAAGUAAAUAGUCCAGAAGACCUCAAAUUCCUGGACGGUGUCAACAAACUCAAGAUACAUGAGGUACCAACAAGAGAGAAUGGUUUACCAGCCGACUCAUCUUCAUCGCAAUUCAAUGAGUCAUGGCCAAGUACUGAUAGAACACUUUCAGUCGGGACACCCCAGAGUGUCAUCUCAACUCCUGAGAUGACGCAGCCAAUGAGAGAGUGGCUAAAAAAGAGAGAGGGAGGACCUACAAAGUCAACCCUGGGAUGGUUUAUCAAUAGGUUCCGCAAUGCUCCGCCCACUUCACGGCAGCACAGAGAUAGAGCAGGCUUACCCAGUGGCAGUAAGGGGGGCGAUUUUUGGUGGCUGUCUCCUCCAAGCAGUAGUUCUACGCCCUUAGGAGACACACCUCCACAGAGACUGUUGUCACCACAUAAAAGCCCCAAACUUACCCCAAGAAAGGGUUCCAGUACUUUGUCAUCAUCAAUUGAUAUAGCAGACAAAGCAACAUCUGAUUUACAAAAAAGAGCUACUGAGCUUUUAGAAAAAAGUGAGACCACUUUGGACAGUACAAUCUCCACAGAACCUUUCCCAAAUCUUGUAAAGCCCCAUCUCAUUCAAGCUCCACUCAAACAAACAUCUGUCAGUCAACCAGAAACUCACAUUGCAUACAAACAAAAAAGAGACAUCAACCCAGAAAAUGACAUCCUAUACCAGUGGCGGCUCGCCAGGAAGAUGGAACAAGCCCAAGAAAAGGCUGGUAGAACAUUAGCGGCCGCUAUUAAUCCUUGGAAAGCAGGAUACCAAGGAAGGGUUGGAUCUGACAUUCAAACAAUGAGAGGCAGGCAACCAAGAGCAAGUGAUACAGGCUACACUGAAAGUAGAACAGGUCCUGAGCAACUUGGAAAUAUAUCAAACACCCAACACAAACCAUCAGCACCUCAUCUCAAUGAUGGUAAUGCUCUGGUGAUAGGUCACCAUCAUGCAAGGGUGCCGCCACAUUUGCAUUUGUCAUGUGACAUUAUUCCCUGUCCACAUCAUGACCAUGGCAACCAGCCUAGGUAUACUGGUAACCAUGACAACCAGCCUAGGUAUACUGGUAACCAUGACAACCAGCCUAUGUAUACUGGUAACCAUGAUGACCAGCAUAGCAACCAGUCAAGACACCCUGGUAACCAUGAUGACCAGCAUAGCAACCAGUCUAGAUGCCCUGGUAACCAUGGCAACCUUCCUAGCAACCAAGUAGGUCACACUGGUAACCAUGGUGACCAUUACACCAACCAGAAAAGCUAUCCUGGUAACCAAGGUGAUGGGGAUGUAAGACAUAGUUUUGAUGGGGGAAUAGUUACAAGGGAAUCAGUUCAAAAUCAAGAAAAGGUUGACCCACCAGAUGAGCACAUCCUUCAGCAGGAGGAUACUGCUGUAGCUCCUCCUGAUAGCAUGCAGGGAAGGGAUAGAAGAAAAGAAGCAGUUAGUGUUGAUGGUGACAAGGAGGCUGGUAAACAAGCAGAGGAGGAUAAGGAGAACAAAAAGCCAAGUGGCAUAGGAGGGAAGUCAGGGAACACUGAUGUGCUGGGAAGUGUUAUCAGCAAGGUUGUUUCAAAGCAUCUGUUCUCGGAGGAUCAACUUUCUAGCAGUAGUGAUGAGGCACCCCUAGUCUCCCAAGUGCAGGACCGUACAAAAACAAAGAGUUCAACUCAAGAAGACUCACUUUCCAGGUCAUAUGAUAAGAGAAAACUGACCAAAGAACAAUUGACAGAGACUAAGUCUAGUGUAUCACCUGAAAAAGGUUAUAGGGGUUCUGGUAGCGUAAGAAGCAGUUCUAGAAGAACUUCAGAUUACCAACAACAUGACCAGAAUGGUAGGGGUGUCGAUAAAAACAGAGGCGAACCCUCAUAUGGGAGAGGAAGGAUCAGGUCUUCAUCACAAGGAAGCAGUUCUUCUAGGAGUGAUAUAACCUCAUCAGGGCAUUUGUCAGCAAGUGCACCUCACAUGACUUCUCUGUUGGCUGAAAGUUCGGAUGAGGAGUUCUCUGAUGAUGAGAUUUUAAAAGUAUUGAGAGACAAGUCACAGAGAUACAGAGAAAAACUCAGAGAAAUUGACAGACUACUCAAUCAAGCAAAAUAGAUAUAGGAAAUGCAAAUAUUAUAUAUUACAUUAGAAAUGGACAAAGUAGCCUUCGUGUAGGAAGACUAAAGAUACAAAAUGACAAAGCACAUAUUUAUUAUUGAAUUAUUUAUUACAUUAGAAAACUGUAAGACUAUUCCCUGCUAGCAGAGGUCUCUUUUCUCUGUAUUUCGCUGGGCUGGCAUAGAGAAAAGAGGCUUCUCCUAGCAGGGAAGUUAGACUAGUGAUACAUAAAGAAAAUAUUAAAUAAUUGACUGCAUCUAAUUACUCAUAAAAUAUUAUGUUAUGCUUG